AGGAAGAGCAGGAGGAGGCGGCGGCCGCUCGGGUUGGCCCGCUGCGCGGCUUCUCCCUCUCCUGCUCGUGGGAAGGCGCCUACACGCGUUUCCAAUGCGAUCGCGUCCAGCUGGGCGCCGCUUGCCGGGACUACUUGCUGCAGGACGCGCACGGCAGCGUCCGCUACCGCCUCUGCUUGCAACCUCUCUUCUUCUUCUUCAUCAACGGCAGCGACCCCGAUCCUCCUCCUUCUCGCUGGCUUCCGGAGUGCGUGGAGUUCACCGUGGAGCCGGCCGGCAUGCGGGACAUCGUGAUCGCCAUGACGGCCGUCGGGGGCUCCAUCUGCGUCAUGCUGGUCCUGAUUUGCCUCCUGGUGGCCUAUCUCACCGAAAACCUAACGCCCCCCGCCGCUGCCAAGAGAGGGGACCGAGGCGGCCCUCCUGGGAAGGGUUUGAGCACCGAGGAACGGCGCACACGAUGCUGGAUGCCAAACUUCUACAAACGCCAGCCGUGAUAAUUGACAAUGGAUCUGGGUCGUGUAAAGCUGGGAUCGCAGGUGAGGAUGAACCACGGUCAGUGGUCAUGUCCGUCGUUGGCCACCUUAAGCAGAAAGUGGAGGAAUACUACACUGGGGAGAAAGCUUUCUCUAAGAAAAGUGCUGUGUUAUUGAAUUAUCCGGUGGUGCGUGGCUUUGUUUCUUGUUGGGAUGACAUGGAGAACCUCUGGAAAUACAUCUAUAAACAUGAACUUAAAGUAAAAGCCAGCGAGAGGCCUGUGCUGCUCUCUGAACCACCACUGAAUCCACUUCAGAAUCGGGAGAGAACAACAGAGGUGAUGUUUGAACGCUUUAACGUUCCAGCUUUGUACCUCUCUGUCCAAGCCACACUGGCUCUUUAUGCAUCUGCGCGCACCACUGGGCUAGUGAUGGACAGUGGAGAUGGAGUAACUCAUGCUGUCCCCAUCUACGAUGGAUAUUGCCUACCCCACGGUGUGUCCAGGCUUGAUGUGGCAGGGAAGGACGUGACCAAUUACCUUGCCAGCCUCCUUUUGGGAAACAGCCACAAUUCCUUAAGUAGGGCAAAGAAAAUAGUGGUGAAGGACAUCAAAGAGAAGUUCUGCUAUGUGGCUUUGGAUCCCAAGCAAGAGGCCGAGAGGAAAGCAGAUAAGGUCCUGAAGCUGCCAGAUGGAAGUGCUGUCAAAAUCAAUCAUCAUCUCUGCCAAGCACCAGAAAUCCUUUUUGCACCAAAGACCAUUGGCAUUGAGGCACCAGGCAUCCAAGACAUGAUUACCAAGAGCAUUAGAAAGUGUGACAGGGAUAUUUGCGAGCCCCUCUAUGGGAACAUGGUCCUGUCAGGGGGAUCAUCGCUUUUCCAAGGGCUGGAUGAGCGGAUUUUUAAAGAGAUAGAACAGCAAGUCCCACAGGGGGUUCCUGUGCGAAUCAUAGCACCCCCAGAGAGAACCUGUGCUGCCUGGCUAGGAGGAUCCAUUAUUACUCACCUGGUCUCUUUUGUACCAAUGUGGAUUACUUGUGAGGACUACAGAGAAUUUGGGGCAGCCGGGAUCCACCGCAAGUGCUUUUAAGAAGGGUGUAUAUUGAACUGAAUACCAAAAAGAAAUAAAUAAAAAAUAAAGCAGAUUUGUGAGGUUGUAACACGAAUAAAAGU